AGAGUCUCUCCAUCCUAUAAAUAUAUCACACUUCACACAUUUCCCAUUGCAAGUUUCCAACUUCUUAACUCACAAACACCUUCACUUUACCUCAUGCUUCAACUUUUGUUAGUCCCUUGAAUCUCCUCCACCCACAAUCUUAAUUUAUCGACAUUGUUCACCAAAUGCAUGCAUUGAAUAUAAAAAACCAAUCCCACUAUAUAUUUUCCCAAAAAGUCCAAAUUCCUAGCAUUUUAAUAUAGACUUAUCAUCAUCAACUCACUCUGUUUUUCUCAUCCCCUGUUUUCAGUUCACUAUAUUUCCCUGAUAACUCAGUGACAAAAAUGACCAGCUCUUUCUAUGAACUGACGAAUACUCAGACAUUUCCGGCGCCGGCGCUAGAGCAGCGUUACUUUCAUCCAACCCCGAAGCCCUCUGCUUCAACUAGGAAGAUAAACUUCGACAUGUGCACAGAGUGCUUAGGGAGCGAAAAUGGCGCCAGCAUUUGCGAAAGCCUCGACGAGUUAUUCUUGCUUCUAGAGGAGAACGAGAAAAAGCCCCGGCCGGCGAGAUUAGCUUCCUCAAACUGCCGGAAUAUCAAGAAGUCGAACGGAACCGGGACCUUCCCGCCUCCCCUGUCUUCAAUCAGCGGCUGCGACGGUAUCAAGGUGAAGCCCCGCCGAGAAGGCGGCCGUUUGAUUAUAACGGCCGCCACCGCUUGCAGCCCUUUCUUUCACACGGAAAGGGCUGACGGGCGGCUUAGGAUGUCAUUGCGAAAGGCAGAGGAUUAUUGUUGUUAUAAUAACAAUAACAAUAACAAUAAUAACGAGGAUGUUGAAGAUGAGGAAGAUGAAGUUGAAGAAAAAGUAGAGGGUGAGGAAACUACAGAUGUCGCGGCCGGCAGCGACGAGGUUGUUCCGAUAGGAAAACCGGUGGCGGCGAUGGCGGCGGGAAGCAGGUGCAUGGAGAGUGAGCAGAGCAGUGAGAUGCAGAGCUGGACGGGACAGCAGCCGUACUGUUACGUGGCAAUUUCCUGAAAUCUUAGUUUAUGGGGUUGACCGUAUUGGUGGGUCCACAUGUGGACUAAGACUCCUAAGAGCACGAAUGCACUAGGUAUUAAUAUGUUGUGUUGUAAUUUUUUAAAUCGAAAUAAUCGUUAGAUUGUGCCAUCAUUUAUCAGUACGCUUAGAUUUAAUUAAUCACGACUCCUAUUCAGGAGACUCUAUAUUCAUGAGAUAUGUAGUAAAUAAUAAUGUUAUCAUAGUGGUACUAUGUGUAUUUCAGUCACUAGUUAGACUGUAAAAAGUGUGAUUAUUGAGUCAUUUUCCAGUGUGUCUCGAUUGUUUUAGCUACACGCCUACACUAAUACCUUUUCUAUGAGAGUUAAUUAUUGAAUCA